AUGGCAUCGCCCAGGGAAAGUAUCCUCGAGCCCCGUCGAGCUAGGGGUCUGGCCAUGAUUCUGGCUAUUGGUACUGCAAAUCCGCCCAACUGCCUCUACCAGGCCGCCUAUCCAGACUUGUACUUCAAACUCACUAAAAGCGAGCACAUGGCAGAAUUAAAACAAAAGUUCAAGCGCAUUUGUGAAAAGACGACAAUAAAGAAAAGAUACAUGUACCUCACUGAAGAUAUCAUCAAGCAGAACCCUGACAUAGCUACUUACAAGGCUGCAUCACUGGACGCACGCCAAGAAAUUCUAGUUACUGAGGUUCCCAUGCUAGGUAAAGAAGCAGCUUUGAAGGCCAUAAGAGAAUGGGGCCAGCCAAUAUGUAAGAUCACACACCUUAUAUUUUGCACAUCUUCAGGGGUAAAUAUGCCUGGCGCAGACCAUCAACUUAUCAAGCUUCUUGGCCUUCAACCCUCUGUAAAAAGAAUCAUGUUGUAUCACCUUGGUUGCUUUGCAGGCGCGGCAUCCCUACGUCUGGCCAAAGAUAUUGCAGAAAACAAUGAUUUAUUUUAUAUUCUUAUCGUUUGCUCCGAAAACAUGACUUCGAGUUUCCAUGCACCUUCAGAUACCCACUUGGAUAUUCUAGUGGGCUCUGCGAUUUUCGCUGACGGCGCUGCAGAAGUAAUCGUAGGUGCAGACCCUGAUACAAGUACUGAGCGUCCGUUGUUUCAUCUUGUGCCAGCUUCUCAGACAAUUAUCCCAGAGUCAAAUGGAAUAGUAGGACAGACUCGCGAAAUGGGCCUAACUUAUUACUUGUCUAAAAGUGUGCUCCAAGUUAUUGCAGACAAUAUCGUGGAAUGGAUGACUGAAACACUAGGAAUUAUUAAGCAUUGGAACACAUUGUUUUACAUCGUUCACCCUGGUGGUCCUACCAUUCUUCAGGGGCUGGAAGAGAAACUUGGCCUGGAAAAACAGAAGCUCAGAGCAAGCCGUCAUGUGCUGAGUGAAUAUGGAAACAUGUGGAGUCCAAGUGUGCUAUUCAUUCUUGAUGAGAUGAGGAAAACAUCUAUGGAGGAAGGAAAGGCCACCACUGGAGAAGGAUUGGAUCUGGGUAUUCUGUUUGGGUUUGGCCCUGGUUUAAGUGUGGACACUGUUAUCCGGCGUAGUGUUGUUAUUCCUAGAGGGUAAUCAUUAAUUAAUUAAUCCAUGGGGUCGUCUCAUAAAUAUUGACUAUUA